AUGCGGACUACCAGGAAAGUGUCAGUCUGGCCGGUGGCCUUUGUGGGCGGCUUGCGCUACGAGUCGCCCAAAGUGAAUGCUGCUGGAAAGGUCUACGGGUGGAAGACAGUAUUUGACCCUCACCGGCCUUUCGCCAUUGACAUGGCAGGCUUUGCUGUGAACCUCAGGCUCAUCCUCCAGCGACCUCAGGCUUACUUCAAACUGCGAGGAGUGAAAGGCGGAUACCAAGAGAGUAGCUUGCUCCGGGAGCUGGUGACUCUGAACGACCUCGAGCCAAAAGCUGCCAAUUGCACUAAGGUACCAUCUUCCUUCCAGAUGUUCUACAUCCAGAACUGUUGGGGCUUCUUUACCCAAGGUCUCCUCUGGAGGAAGCAAACUACCCCAGCCUUGUGCUUCUAUUUUGGCGGACUUCCACAGGUGGCUCUUCACCUCUGGGUUGGGGGACCGCUGAUUUGCUUUCAUAUGGUCCCAAAGGCCAAAAACAAACCAAAAAAAUUAUCUUUUUGCAGUUUGCACCACAGCCUGAGGCUGGGCCUAAGCCAUAAGACAAGGGCAAAAAGCCAUGUUUAUGAACCACAGUGUAUGUGACUGGAAGGAGGGAGGCCUGCCUUCUGUUCCACAGGCCGGUUGAGAACACCUCUCUUGCAGAGCAAAGUGCACCUUCCAUUUUAA